CUAAAACAUAUCAACUAAACGUUCAGGCGAGUGACCACGGGGGAUACUCGGAUACGUGUAAGGUUAUCAUUCAAGUAAUUGAUGAAAAUGACAACGCACCUACAAUACAACUCAUGUCAUUUUCAAAUUUAAUUUCAGAAGACUCUCCCCCAGGCACAACUAUAGCCGUCGUUAACGUGGAUGAUGAAGACUCUGAAAGAAAUGGUCUUGUCAGGUGUUCCAUUAACUCUGACAUACCUUUUAAAAUUGAGUCCUCCCUGACGGGAUAUUACACUAUAGUGACCGAAAGUACCUUAGACAGAGAAACUAACCCUGAGUAUAAUAUAACCAUGACGGUUUCUGACCAAGGUUUCCCACCUCUUUCUAGUACCAAAAACAUGAAUGUAAAAGUUUCAGAUGUGAAUGACAACCCACCUCAGUUUAGUCAAUCAGAAUACACUAUGAGCAUAGCAGAAAACAAUUCACCUGGAUGUUCUGUGUUUACAGUCAGCGCUACUGAUGCAGAUUGGGGUCAAAGUGCGAGGUUGUCUUACUUUUUAGAGGAAAGAGAGAUAAAUGGGAUAAUGGUCACAAACUUAAUAUCAGUGAACUCAGAUAGUGGUGUCAUACAUGCUGUGAAAUCGUUUGAUUAUGAGCAGAUAAAGAGUUUUGAGUUUAACAUUACUGCUCGGGAUGCUGGAUCCCCUCCUCUGAGCUCAGUUGCUACGCUUAAAAUAGUAGUUCAGGACAAGAACGAUAAUCCACCCCAGGUUUUGUACCCAGUCCAGACUAGUGGCUCCAUGGUGGCUGAAAUGGUGCCUCGUUCAGCAGAUGUGGGCUACCUGGUGACUAAAGUGGUGGCUGUGGAUGUGGACUCUGGACAGAAUGCCUGGCUCUCCUAUAAACUCCAGAAAGCCACAGACAGAGCGCUGUUUGAAGUGGGCUUACAGAAUGGAGAAAUAAGAACUAUCCGUCAGGUGACUGAUAAAGAUGCUGUGAAACAAAGACUGACUGUCAUAGUGGAGGACAACGGGCAGCCCUCUCGUUCAGCUACAGUCAUUGUUAACGUGGCGGUGGCGGACAGCUUCCCUGAAGUGUUGUCGGAGUUCACUGACUUUCCUCACGAUAAGGAAUACAAUGACAACCUGACAUUUUACUUAGUGUUGGCUCUGGCUGUGGUUUCCUUCCUCUUCAUCACGUGUUUGGUGGUUAUUAUAUCAGUGAAGAUCUACAGAUGGAGACAGUCUCGGAUUCUGUAUCACUCCAGCCUCCCUGUGAUUCCAUAUUAUCCACCUCGUUACUCAGACACUUUGGGAACAGGAACUUUGCCACAUGUGUACAAUUACGAGGUGUGCAGGACGACUGACUCCAGAAAGAGUGACAUUAAGUUUGGUAGAGCUGGCAGUCAGAAUGUGUUGAUAAUGGAUCCCAGUUCUACAGACACUCUGCAGAGGAUACAGAGCGAGAAGAGCAUCCUGGAUGAUCCUGACUCUCCUCUGGAGUUACUGGGAAAAAAAGAAAACUUUACUACUGUAUCAUCGCAUAGGCCUGCAAACAUUGAAUAA